GUCGGGAUGCCGUUGGCCGGUGGGCGCCAUAUUGGAGUACAACUAUUGUUAUAAAAAGAGACGGGGCUGCUGUUAGCUGAGUUUAUGUUUUCUUCAAGUGUGGUUUAAAAAUAUAUGGUAUUUUCUACGAAGGGUCAUGAGAGAAAUGUCAGCAGGUAGUGCUGCUAAUGUAAAGUCUGAGGUGAAGAUGAUGGGUUGAGCUGUGACACAACUUUUAUAUUCGGGAAAUAACAUGCUUUUUGGGCAGCAGCCUCAGAAACACUAUGGCAUCACAUCCUCAAUCAGCCUGGCCUUUCCCCGGGAUAUUGACCACCUGUACACUCAGAAACUCAUAGAGGCCAUGAAACCUUUUGGAGUGUUUGAGGAUGAAGAUGAACUUAAUCACAGGCUUGCAGUUCUUGGUAAACUGAAUUCAUUUGUUAAGGAGUGGAUUGCAGAGAUCAGUGAAUCAAAGAAUCUUCCACCUUCAGCUGUAGCAAAUGUUGGGGGUAAAAUCUUUACCUUUGGGUCAUAUAGACUGGGAGUGCACACAAAAGGUGCUGAUAUAGAUGCCCUAUGUGUGGCACCUCGUCAUGUUGAAAGGAGUGAUUUUUUCACAUCUUUUUUUGAAAAACUCAAACAGCAUGAUGAGAUUAAGGACCUGCGGGCUGUAGAGGAUGCAUUUGUGCCAGUGAUCAAAUUCAAGUUUGAUGGAAUCGAGAUUGAUCUUCUUUUUGCAAGACUUGCGCUGCAAUCAAUCCCAGAUAACCUGGACCUUCGAGGAGAUUCUUUGCUCAGAAACCUGGAUAUUAGAUGUAUUCGCAGUUUAAAUGGUUGUCGUGUUACUGAUGAAAUCCUUUACUUGGUGCCCAACAAAGAGAACUUCAGACUUACUCUACGGGCCAUCAAACUGUGGGCUAAGCGUCGUGGAAUUUACUCCAACAUGCUUGGCUUCCUGGGUGGUGUGUCCUGGGCAAUGCUGGUUGCCAGAACCUGUCAGCUUUACCCAAAUGCCGUGGCUGCCACACUUGUGCACAAAUUCUUUCUCGUCUUCUCCAAAUGGGAAUGGCCAAAUCCUGUCCUUUUAAAGCAACCUGAAGACAGUAACUUGAAUCUGCCGGUCUGGGACCCGCGGGUAAACCCAUCAGACAGGUACCAUUUGAUGCCGAUUAUCACACCUGCAUAUCCCCAGCAGAAUUCUACCUACAACGUGUCCACCUCCACCCGCACCAUCAUGAGCGAAGAGUUCAAAUACGGCCUUGCUGUUACCGAUGAAAUUCUUCUGGGUAAGGCCGAAUGGUCCAAGUUGUUCGAGCCACCAAACUUUUUUCAAAAGUACAAACAUUAUAUCGUGCUUACUGCCAGUGCAUCCACUGAGGACAACCACCUAGAAUGGGUUGGGCUGGUUGAGUCAAAGAUUAGAGUUCUGGUUGGCAAUUUGGAGCGAAAUGAAUACAUCACUCUUGCUCAUGUGAAUCCUCAGUCUUUUCCCUGGUCAAAGGAGAGCCGUAACGACAAUGACUUCGUUUCAAUGUGGUUCAUUGGAAUCAUUUUCAAAAAGUUGGAGAAUGCUGACUGUGUGAACAUUGAUCUAACUUAUGACAUCCAGUCCUUUACAGACACUGUCUACAGGCAAGCCAGUAAUAUCAACAUGCUGAAGGAAGGGAUGACCAUCGAAGCCACACACGUGAGGAAGAAGCAGCUGCAUCAGUACUUACCUGCUGAGCUUGUACACCGAGGGAAGAAGAAGAGCUUGGGAGAUCUAAAUCGCAGUUCAAAUGGUGGUGGUUCCAAACGUUGUUCACUGGAUGGAAGUCAGCUGGAUAGUUCCAGAGACACUGAUACAGGCACCCCUUUCAGUUCUCCUACCCCAGUCAUCAAAAGCUGCAAGUCUGCUUCAACACCUGAUGACAGCAUUACCUCACCCAAGCCUUCAGUUCCCAUGUUUGUGGACAGCUCUCCAUCCUCAGAGUCAUCUCCUCCAAAGAUAGGGCCAGGAAUGUCGAUUCCAGUAAUUGGCGCUAAUACAUCAGUUCCCCAUGUGGCCAAGCUUACUACACCCGUUGCAGGUAGCACCAUUCCCACAGUGGUGGGCCGAAACGUCCUUCCACGUAUGAGCCCACCAAACACCAGCUCAUCUGACCAAAUCAACGGCCUCAAUGGAGCUGCCCCUAAGAGGCCCCACUCUCCUUCAACGGAAGAGCCACACAAGAAACUGAAAGAUACAGAGCAGGUGUUCUCUGAUGACUAUACUUUUAAAGAACCAUACCCACCAUCCUCAAACGGUGAGGAAUCAGGCGACGGCUCAACAGGGGAGGGUAUUGCAAUUACAAAGCCUAUGCCCAUUCCCACUAUUGAUACAUCAAGGACACAGAGACUUCCCAGUAAAGAACUGCCAGAUGCUUCCUCUCCAGUACCUACAAGCAACCUGCGUGUCAUUAAAAACUCAAUCAGACUCACUCUUAACCGAUAGCAGUGAGCUCUCCAAGGUCAUGGUAAAUGUGGUAGCCAUUCCAGGAUUUUGGGUUUUUUUUCCUUUUCGACUUAAUUUACCAUCAUUCGAACUCUGCUUGGAGGCUACUUGAGAGAGCCACACAACUGUGGACAGCAUCAAUGCUUUUAAUUUCAGGCUGCCACAGGUGCUCAUCUGAUCUUCCUUGAGACAUUGUAAAACAGUAUCAGUAAAACGUAUUAGACCAUGUUCUUUUAUAUAUAUAUAUAUAUACUGCCUCAAUGUGUCAAAAAGACUUGCUAAGUGGACACCUAUCUGAGCGUGUUUUCAAAUGUAACUUGUACAGUAGAUGUAGUUUGUAUAUAAUGUCUUUAAAGUCAUUGUUAAUCUUUCUAUACCAUUAUAUUGUAGUUUUUACUAACAAAAAAAACUAAAAAAAAAUGUGUUUUGUGUAAAGAUGUUUUGGUGGGUUGUUUUUUUUUUUGUUUCUUUUUUGUUUUUUGUUUGUUUUUCCUCCUCCCCCCUUUUCUCUCUUCUCUCUCUCUCUCUCUCUCUCUCUCUCUCUCUCUCUCUCCCCCCCCCAAAAAAAAUUACUGUCAUGAUUUUGAAUUAUGUUUUGACCAGGAUAUUUUUGAAGGCUGACUGAUAUCUGAGUGGGCCGGCCUUGUCCUAAAUGUGACCUAUUUGCUGAUCUCUUCGCCCACCGACCCAGCACAUAUGUAUUUACUGCACCAACAACAUUUGAAGGCUGAGGUUGGAUCUUGUUUGUUAGGCUUGGGUGGACAGAGCUGGUCAUGUUAGGCUUGUGUUUUGAUGAAAUGGGUUAUAUUAUUGCUGUCUGUGUGAGUGAGAGAGAUUUAUUCCCUGACAUUAGGGCUUCACCACUGCGCCUCCCAUGGAGGUUUUGUUGGCAGCAGCAUCUUACUUACAUCUGGAGACACAGAGAAAAUUAUUUCUCAGUGCUUUUUUUUUUUUUUUUUCCCUCCCAAAAAACCACUGCUCUCCCCAUAGAUGUACAGUUUAAAAAAAAAAAAAGUAUUAAAAACAAGGCUUGCUACUCAUUUUGGGGUUUCUUCACCUUUUAUUUAUUUGCUUAUUUGUACCGAAUAAUUUUUAUAUUCAGGCAUUGCAGUUUGAGAUUUCUUCAAACCUUUAUUUCCACAAGCAGGUUUUGGCAUUUGCUGUUAAAAUUUGUUUGGGGGGGGAAAUACAAACUAUAUAUAUAUACACACACUUGUUCUUUUUUUCUUUGGUAAGGCAAAAGUUCUAUUUCAAUACGUAUUUUUGUAUAUAAUGUAUUCUGCCUCAUUGAAACUGAGACCAUAAAAAAAGUUACAAACCCCA